UUUUCCCGCCAUCUUCCAUGCUCUCAGAGCCGCCGUAAAUCGCCACCGUCGCAGUAUCAGAUCUAUGGCGGAGAAGAGGAAACGCCGGCGAGCCGAUGAAGACCAGCCGAAGCUUCCUUUCAAGGACAAGCUGAAAGCAGACGCCCAAAUACUUGAACUUCUCAAAUGUUACAUCUCCGCCACCGGUGGUGCCUCCUCCUCCUCCGCCGCCUCGAAACCUUUAACUCUAGCCGACCUCUCACUCUCAUCGACUUGCCGCGAAGUCACGGAUUUAUCUCUCUCAUCGGUUCAGACCGAGAUCGAGUCGCUCGUCCUCUACAUCGCCCAAUCCAUUCUAUCCGGCGAGGGGUUCUCCUUCAACGUGCCCUCACGCGCCUCAUCGAACCAGCUGUAUGUACCAGAACUUGACCGGAUCGUGUUAAAAGACAAAUCCACGCUCCGUCCCUUUGCCUCAGUGUCAUCCGUACGGAAAACCACUAUCACAGCCCGUAUCCUCGCCCUUAUCCACCAACUCUGCCUGAAGAACAUCCACGUCACCAAGCGUGAUCUCUUCUACACUGACGUCAAGCUUUUCCAGGACCAGACACAAAGCGAUGCUGUCUUAGACGAUGUCUCCUGUAUGCUCGGAUGCACAAGAUCCAGUCUCAACGUGAUUGCGGCUGAGAAGGGUGUGGUGGUCGGAAGGCUUAUAUUCAGCGACAAUGGGGACAUGAUAGAUUGCACAAAGAUGGGAAUGGGAGGGAAAGCCAUUCCGCCAAACAUCGAUCGAGUAGGAGACAUGCAAAGCGAUGCUUUGUUCAUACUCCUUGUUGAAAAAGAUGCUGCAUAUAUAAGGUUAGCAGAAGAUAGAUUCUAUAACCGGUUUCCUUGUAUUAUUGUGACUGCGAAAGGGCAACCAGAUGUAGCCACAAGGCUGUUCCUGAGGAAAAUGAAAAUGGAGCUGAAGCUGCCGGUACUUGCCCUGGUGGAUAGUGACCCUUAUGGGUUGAAGAUUUUAUCGGUUUAUGGAUGUGGGUCGAAAAACAUGUCCUAUGACAGUGCAAACUUGACGACUCCGGACAUUAAGUGGCUGGGAAUCCGACCGAGUGAUUUGGACAAGUACAAUAUACCCGAGCAGUGCAGGUUGCCGAUGACCGAGCAGGAUAUCAAGACUGGUAAGGAUUUGCUGGAGGAGGAUUUCGUGAAGAAGAACCCCGGCUGGGUUGAAGAGCUGAACCUGAUGGUGAAAACUAAGCAGAAGGCUGAGAUCCAGGCUCUGAGCUCUUUCGGGUUCCAGUACUUAUCCGAAGUGUACUUGCCUCUAAAACUGCAGCAGCAGGAUUGGCUUUGAAUCUCUGGAUGCACCCUUAAGGUAUUUGCAAUUCUGUUUCCUGGCAUGUGAAUCUUUGCAAAAUGAUUGAAAACUCUCUGUUUCCUUUCAGUUACCCUGCAAAAGUCUGAAAAUUGAUAAGCA